AUGCCUUUUUAUCCCAUCGACAAAGAGAUUCCAAUUUUUGGCCAUAGGGGCGCAUUUUUUUAUUUGAAUGAUGACAGUGUCCAAACAGGAAAUGAUGUCAAUGAAUGCCAGGAACGUAAGGGAGAUGGAAGUGGUUCUGACCUUUACUUUAUUGCUGGUCCGUGUACAAAUGCCGGAUAUUUAGGGGCAACUGUUCCGUCUUCUCAGGUUUUCAUGCCCAUAAUGGGUCUUCACUUGGAUACUGCCAAUCCAUCAACAUCAUACAUUGCAGCUCCAAGAACAGUUAUGCAAUGGAAGUUGUCCAUUGUAAUAAAAGAAGAAUGGAUUUCAUCUAUCGGAGAUAAAUUUACUGUAAUAUCCUCGGCAAUGUCACUUCCAAGCCAGAUCGCCGAAGGGAAGAGAAUUUUUCCAUUUGCCGAUACCAACAAUACGAUUAUCCCAUGGGCAAUUUGUGUUGUGAUUGGGUCUUUUUAUUGCCACGAAGUACCACUUUCAUUGCCUCCUUCUUCUUCUUGCUCUACUUCUAUGGCCACCAAUUCGAGUUUAAAUUCCAACAUCUGCGUACCUUCGGGCGCUGAUUUCUCCGAAAUAGAAGGCCCUCAUAUAGUGGGUUUUGCACCUUCCUUUUCAGAUGCUUCAAAACAAAUCGCACAUACGCUGGAACAUGUCGAAAAAGCUGUGGAGUUUUAUCAAUGGAUGCUGCAGGUUGCAUAUCCAUGGUCCUCUUUCAAGAUCGUUUUUAGCGGCGGUUUGGUACGGCCAUUUUAUGCGCUUUCUGGCGGUGUCCUCCUUUUAGAGUACGGAUUUGAUUUGUUUCACACGCCUUAG